AUGCAAGAGGUGGUGGUGGGAGCAGUGUGGUAUUUGAAUCGAUUCAGCAGCAAGCUGGAGCAGAUUGAGCUGCGGAACAGCUUUGAGGACAGGCAGGGCCGGAGGCACUGCUCUCGGGAGGCGGCCAUCAGGCAGACCCUGGAGCGGGAGCGGUGGCAGUACCAGGCCCACGGCCUCGAGAUUCUAGACAUUUUAAAUGCAGAUAAUCUGAAAACUUUUAGGGGAUGGGAUUUUGAUCUGAAGAAAUUGCCAAACAUUAAAAUGAGAAAGGCUGUGCUAGCGAUGCGGUGCCCAAGAAGUGUAAGAAGAAAGCUAUGA